AUGGCCAGCCCCGCGCGGGCGUGUUUCCCCGCGCGCAAGAACAGCCGCCUGGACGCGUUCCUGCGGAGGCAUCUGCCGCCCGAGGUCUACGACGCCAUCCGCGCCUACGAGCUGUGCAUCGUGGUGUCCGACACGGGGAAACACACCUUAAAGUACGUGCUGCUCAGUGACCAGCUCAUCUACCUGACCGAGAACCCGCUCCAGUCCAUCCGGAGAGUCGUGGCGCUCCGGAACAUCGCGGCCAUUGACCUGGUGAGGCGCGCGGGUCACCUGCUGAUGGUGAAGGUGCCUGGGGAGCCGGAUGUUACUCGACACUGCUCUGCUCGGGGGCUGGAGCAGGGUUCUCAGAUGGUGCUUCACCUGCCUUGCCUCUCCAACCGCUGGGGCAGGUCGUGGGCGAGGAGGGCCCCUAGGGUACCUUGCGCGGUAAGUCGGAUUUCGAUGAACUGGUCCCUGAGGUUGUGCUCCCUCUGGGACUCCAUCCUUCAUCUCUCCAAUCUCACCCGUAUUACGGGGCGGUCCACGGCGUCUGCCGUAGUAGCCGCGUCUGUAGCGGCGCCGAUCUGCAGCAUAUCGGCUCCCUUUCACAGGAACGCCGUCCGGGCCAGUCACGUUGGCUGCUUCUGCACCCUUCUCUCCUUCAACCACAUCAAACUCCACAGUUUCUCCAUCUCCUACACUGCGCAGAUAUUUCCGUGGGUUAUUCUUCUUGAUGGCAGUCUGAUGUACGAAUACAUCUUCUUUGGUAUCAUUUCGAUUUAUAAAUCCAUAUCCAUUUUUGACGUUGAACCAUUUGACAGUGCCAAGGACUUUGGUGGCGAGAACUUUCUUCUCCGCGUCUUUACUGUCCGCGGCGGCCGAAGAGGCGGGGGCCGCGGUGCCCGGGGCCGCGUCCCCGCCGGGGUUGCCCGCGACCAGGGCGGCGGGCGCCGGGGCCGGGGCCUGGGGGGCGCCGCCGCCGCCCGCCGGGCUCUUGGUAGCGGGGUCCUGGGGGGCCGCGGCGGCAGCCUCCGCCGGAGCCUGUGGGAGGGUGGUAGUGGUGGUGGUGGCCUCGCCCGCCUCGCUCAUGCCGCCUCCUCCGUUCUCCCUCUGGCGCCUCGGUGGCUGUUGGUCGGCGUCAAAGAAGAGAAUAAUGGCCCUGCCUUUUGGAGAGGCAAAAAGCCUAAAAGUCUGAAUGAAUCCCUUUUCAGGUACCACCAAGAAAGCAGCACACCACCAUCCAAGGACUCAACCCUUGGCCCUCCUUCAGACCUCAAGAAGCUGUCCCUUCAUGGCCAAAGUGCCUGUCAACCCUUACCUACCCCCUCCAGGAGGAGCUGUCAGCCCACAUCAGCCACUAGCAAGGCUGUCGGUGUGCCAUUUUGCACCACAAACACAAAAGAACCCCAGAGACUUUCAGAUCACAAAGACUCUCUAAGUGAAAUCCCUUUCAAGUGCAAUGGGAACGGAAAUGAGUUUUACUUAGGAAAUUCCUCCCUGGCCUCCCCUUUACAGAGUAACCCAAACCUAGAGAAAAAGGAGUCAAAACUUCAUUUGUACGUUAUUUCCACAACUUCAUCAAUAUUUCUGCACUUAAAAAGUUCAUGGAACAAUUAUGUUAUAAAAGCUACUCUUUUACAAGAUCCCCUAUAUGUUAGUGAGCUCAGUCCUGCUACUGGAAGUCAAAAGCCAUAUAGAUCUGAGGAGAAAAUUAAGCACUUCAGUCAACAAAUCUGAACUUUUUCUUAAAAAGACAACACUUUGAGGAAGAUACUUUGUUUAAUUACAGAACUUAAAGUAGCAGCCCCGAAAAACUUCAUUCUGCAAAGGCUUUUCUGGAAAACCAGUGACCUUUUUUAUUUCCUAGUGAACAAACUUCAUGAGUACUUGCCAGAGACUAGGGAUAAGAAUGCACAUCAAAAUAAAAGCCAAAGUGUUGAUGAGCUGGUGGCAUGCAUUGAAAUUAUACAGACUCUGGGAAUGAUGUUCAGAGAAACAGAAACUGAGGCAUCACUCCUGAACACGUUGGCAGCUAAGAAGGGAACACUAUUUAACCUCUUGGUAAUUUUAAUUAGCGAGCCUCAGAUUCCAAAAUCUUGUCCUGUGUUUGACAUCCAGUUGGUGGCUGAUUCAGCUUUAGUUGAGAUGUCUUUUGAUGCUGAAUUACAGAAGCUUAUCCUGGAAUAUACAGAUACAGCUACAGCACUUUUAUAUGAGAUACUUCUUGUCUUUCAGCAGGGAAAUCUUGGAUUGGGGUCAUCAAAGUUUGCUAUUAGCUGGAUGAUGUCCUUUCUACAAAGUCGUCCUCGCAUAAUUACUUUUGUGGCCAGAAUUGGGGAACUAGGGGUGAAGGGGCUUUCAGCUUCAUUUCAGCUGCUAAGUCCUGGCCAAGCAGUUCUGUUAUACCAGCAGUUUUACAUCCUCAAGAGCUGCCUGCAGUACAGCAAGACUUUAGCUGAGUAUAUUAGGAAUGACAACAGAGAAGAAUUCAGGUACUUUAUUCACAUGCCAGCCUUGGAAAAAAGGCUCCCAUUAUGUUACCCUAUUACCCAACCUACCACUCAACUUUUUCAUGAAGUUCUGAAAUUGGUUGAACAGAAACAAUGUGUGAAAUGUUAA